AUGCCCUCUCCACAGACAGUCAGACGGCUCAUUUUGACCGGAGCUGUAACCUCAAUCACUAUCGCAGGAACUCUUUACGGCGCAGGAUUGAAGACAAACACCGAAGUUGCACAGACAACCCAGAAACGCCGUGAAGCAACGAUAGAGUCGAAACUGGAGGUUCUCCGAGAGACGCGGACUACUCUGGUCUCUAAGAAGGACAUGGUUGAGAAACAAUUACGAGACCUCGAGGCUAGGAUCGAAGACAGGAAACGCAAGGGAGUCGAUGCUGCGAGCAAGGAACGGCCGCAUGAAGGCUGA